AGAACAGAUGACACCAUUAAAAAGCAUCGAUUUAGAACUCAUACAUACACUUCGCUGACAUUUUGCGAUAAAUGUACAAAAACCCUUUUUGGCUUACUCAGACAAGGUGAACAAUGCCGCGAUUGUGGUUACAACGUGCAUCGAUCUUGUAUUUCGGAGCUUCCACCCUGUUGU